AUGCCAUUUGGUAAAUCAACAAAUGAGAAUUUUAUAUAUGGAAUGUUUAAUUUCCAAGGGGAAGUUGACGAUGAAUUGAGUUUUAAUUGUGGGGAUAUUAUUUAUAUUAUAGAGACAGACGAGGAAUUUAAAGAUGGUUGGUGGAUUGGUAAAUGCGAAAAUGGUAAUCAAGGUUUAUUUCCUGAAUCUUAUACUUGUUGGUCUAAACCUAUUGCCCCCGGUGUUGCUCCUGUUUCUGCCGUGGCCUCUGCGGCUUCCGUGACUGCCGUGGCUGAUCAGGAACACCCAAAACAACCCCCACAACACACUCCCAUCAAUUCAACCAUGUCUCAAAUCGAAGACGCUAUAAACGACAUCUCUACCAACCACCCUGACAAUGAAAAUCUUCUCGCUCCAAUCGUUGAAUCUACUAACUCAAACACUUCCUCACAAAUCACCCUGGAUCACUCUGACAACGAAGAUGAUCCCAUUAACGCAAAUGCACGCUCCCUAUUGGCGAAGAAGAACCUUAACCCUCCCACUUCCCUCCAAUUCGGUAGCGAUAGUGAUGAAAAUUUGACUCCUACUCAUUCCCCUAUUACUGAUAAUAAUGAGCAAUCAACUCCAAAUCCUCCUUUUCAACCAGAAAAUUCUUUUAACUCUUACAACUCAAACCAAUCUCCUACUCCACCCUCUCCAAACACCGCAGACAUCCCCAACUGGUCCCUCGACAACGUCCUUCAUUGGGCUAAGCACAAAAAUUUCGACGAUUACAUAUGUGAAAAACUUCUUCAACACGACAUCUCCGGUGAUGUUCUCCUCCAAUUGGACACUGACUCCCUCAAAGAAAUUGACAUACUUGCUUUCGGUAAGCGUGUUAAACUUGCAAAUGCUAUUAAAGAUUUGCGCAUUUUAGCCGGUUUGGAUCAGGGUGUUGAUAACCAUAAACGUGGUAGUGAGACAUCCAAGUCAUCUGGUCAUAACCAAACACCAAUUAGCAACAUCAACACCAGCAGCAUCAACAACGCCCCAUCUGACCCUCCUACUGCUGUCACAACCUCGCUACCCUCCCCACACUCUCAACCCGGGUUAUCUCGCACCGCCUCAGCCACAAAUUCCCUCCGAAGAGCUUUUAGUGGUCAUAAUUACAACUCAACUAACUCGCCCUCCUCAGCUACCUCACCCACCAUCCAAUCCCCUCUAUCUCCUCGCACUCCCUCCCUCCGCAAACGCACUUCAGACUCCUCCGCCUUUUUCGGCGUCGGCAGUAAAGGCAACCCACGCAAACCUGCUCCUCGCUACAGUGGUGCCAGUAACGAGACUGAAAAGAGUGACAAGGAGGGUUGGUCAGCUGCCCGACUACUCGGAUCAAAACGUUCAUUGCGCAAUAUUAACGGCGGUGGUCGUCCUAGCACCUCGCCGCAACCGCAGCAAUCCCAACCACAAUCCUCAUUCGCCAACAGAGUGUCUUUAUCUACUGACAAUGCAAACACAAACACAAACACAAACGCAGACACUCGAAGGAGUGUAGUAGACCUCACCCACUUCCAAUCUCGGGACGGUACAGCCCUACAAAAAAUAGGCGGGUGCGACUGCAAAGGGUGGUUAAAAAAGAGGGGGGAGAGGUAUGGGUGGAAGAUGCGCUACUUUGUUUUGAAAGGCUCGCAACUCUUCUACCUCAAGAACGAGAACGAUACGCAAUUGAAGGGCUUCAUUCAGUUAAACGGCUUCAAGGUGCUCGCCGACGAAUCUAACUCCUCCCGCCACCAAUUCGCUUUCAAAAUAUCUCACGAACGUGAACGUGACACGCACCAUUUUGCAAGUGAGGAGAAAAGCGUGACGAGAGAGUGGAUGAAUGCGCUCAUGAAAGCCAGUAUAGUGAGAGAUAUAGGAGCUCCCGUCGUUAGUAGCUGCACUAUCCCUACUAUCCCUCUGGAUAAAGCGCAGACUAUGUUUCCUCCACCCCGCCCUCCUUCGCCCACUUCUAGAGAGAGAGUGCAGAGAGCGAAUGCACGCGAUAAUCCUGACAGCCUCUCGCCGCAAGAUGCACAGGUACUUAUGGCCGGUGCGUCUGAGGGCGGUACUCAGGGUGGUAGUCACGGCAGUCAUACUCGCGCUGGCGCUACUCACCCCUCUCACUCAUCCCCCACUUACGAAAAGAAGCGCACUACCUCUUCUUCCUUUGGUAACCUGUCGAGCAGCUUCGGAAAUGAGGAUCGAGACAAGGAUUUUUAG